CUCGCUUCCUGCUGCGAGACGAUGUCGAGUCGUCUUUAGGAUGAUGAUGAUGCUUGCUACGCCGAGCGUCGAAGCCGCUCGGGUCAUCCUGAUGUUCACUACGCCUGGUUGAGCCGGCUCGUGGACUCUCUUGGAGCGAGGGAAAGGAGCUGAAUGAGGGCGGGGCUGCCAUGCAUCAGCAGCUGCGACAAGCCGACAAUGACAAUGUCAAAUCGCGACGAGACCAGCUUGUCAGUUGUCGUCCUGCUCCUGCUCCUGCUCCUGCUGCCAGUCGAUGGCUCGCAAGACGCUGGUCGAGCAGCUAGCCGAGCUCAAUGAACCCUUGGCCAGAGAUUUUGAUCCUGAAGAUGCAGAGACGUACAAACCUGGCUUCCUGCAGGAUGUCGAGCAGGACGACGAUCAGCUUGAUCGAGUAGAGUCACCGGCCAAGAGCAGACUUCGCAAGCUAGACGCCACAGACGACCCAAGAUACGCUGGCCGGCAAAGCUCACGCAAAGCUGCCUUGGAUUAUAGCGACGACGAAAUUUCGAGCGCAGAGGCAUCAGACGAGUCACAAGACAGCGAGGAAGCAGAGCAGCAGUCAGAGACAGCUCACGAGCCUGUCAGCUCAGAUGAUGAUGUGCCGAUGCAAGCGCAAGUGACAGAGCAACGACGGCCGUCGCCAGUAGACCAAGGCGCAGAUCGAGAGAUCUUGUCUCAGCUGCGCCAGGCUGCCUCUGCAGACGUGCGCAAAGGACAGCAUGUCAAGAAACAACUCUCACUAUGGGACAGCUUGCUCGAACUCAGGAUACGCGCGCAAAAGCUCGUUCUCGUCGCCUGCACUCUGCCAAGCGUGAGCAACUCAGAAAGCCCAUUUGGUCUCGUGCUAAGAUGGCUGCAGUCGCAAGAUCAUGAAAGCUUCGCCGAGGCCAAUGCCGAGUCUCGUCAGGCGCUGUCUACCGCACUGAAGAGCACUGCCGACCUUAGCGAUGCGCUCUAUGACUUGCGCGUCACGUUGCUUCGAAAAAAUGGCAACAUCGACAUCUCUGCAGGCAAGCGAAAGCGUUCCAUCGAAGAUGACUUGGCUGGCUUUCUGUCCGAUUCCGUAGACAACAUGUCUAUGCUCGAGGAGAGGCUACAAACUCAGGUUCGCGCGACGGUGACGAAAUGGCACGAGAAGGUCACUGUGGCAACCGGCGCCUCACAACUCAAUGGUAAUCGAUUCGCAGUCAAGGCCAUCAACCAGAGCACGAUGCUCCAAGUCGAUUCAGCCAUGUCACAGGAGCGCGAGAAGCUCAGCAAGCGAACCCGCGUCAACCGAACAGACAGCAAACGCCUGCGCACGUCGGCGGCCGAAAGCACAAUAGACGACGAUAUUUUCGACGAUACAGAUUUCUAUCAGGCGCUUCUCAAAGAGGUCGUCGAAGGUCGCUCUGUCGAUCUCGAUGAUCCAACGCUCGGUAUCGGUCGAUUAGAUGAGUAUCGGAAGAAGAAGACAAAGCAAGUCGAUACAAAGGCCAGCAAAGGGCGCAAAUUGCGCUUUCAUGUGCACGACAAGGCCGUCAAUUUCAUGGUGCCGAUACCGCAAGGGACGUGGCAAGACGACCAAGUGAACGAGCUCUUUGCCUCCUUGCUGGGUCAGACGAACGGCGGCAAAGCGCUGGAGCAGCCUGCUCAGGCAGAGAUAGGACAGCUACGGUUGUUCUAGAUGCUAUGCAAUGCGGUACGGACACAUUUACUACGGCAGGAACGGCAACAGGGUAGGCACCCGAGCGCGAUAGUCGACGUACUGCUGUCCGAAGAACUCGACCAGAUGCUUCUCUUCGCCUGCGACACGCUUCUCAGCUUCGGACGAGUACAGGAGGAGAGCGACUUACCGAUGAUUCGCAUCGCAAAAAAUCGGUAGAGCGUGAUGGCGAAUGCGACUGCUGCAAUGGGAUUGCCCAGCAGGAUCUGGGUCCCGACAGCCCAGUAGAAGAAUGCAGCAUAGCUCGGAUGUCGCGAGUAUGCAUAGAUGCCGUGCGAGACCAGGACGUGACCGUCGCGCUUCG